AUGAAGGGAAAGUGGAAAGUCCCUCGCGGAGGUUGUAAAGAGUUCAAGAACGAUAUCAAUGUACGGUGGUAUGAGAAUGAAAGAUUGCUGUUGGAAGGUCCUACGAUGAAGGGAUAUAAAGGGAUUUUGCAAAAGAUAGCGACGAUAAAACCCAAUAGUGAAUAUAGUUUGGGCGUAAACAAUCUUGCGGACUUCUCGCCUCCGCAAAAGCCUUCGAUUAAGAAUUUUAAUGA